UUCUGGUCUCGUCAUGUCUGGUCGCGGCAAGGGCGGGAAGGGGCUGGGCAAGGGCGGCGCCAAGCGCCACCGCAAGGUGCUGCGCGACAACAUCCAGGGCAUCACCAAACCCGCCAUCCGGCGGCUGGCCCGGCGCGGCGGCGUCAAGCGCAUCUCGGGCCUCAUCUACGAGGAGACCCGCGGGGUGCUCAAGGUGUUCCUGGAGAACGUGAUCCGGGACGCCGUCACCUACACGGAGCACGCCAAGCGCAAGACGGUCACGGCCAUGGACGUGGUCUACGCGCUCAAGCGCCAGGGCCGCACCCUCUACGGCUUCGGCGGCUGAGUUCUGACCUCAACACCAGGAAAUCCCAGUUUGCAACCAAAGGCCCUUUUCAGGGCCACCUAUCUAGUCUACAGAAAGAGGUGCUCACUUUGUACUGUCGCUGUGAAUUUCUUACUUCGGCAGAUUACACCUAGUUGGGUCUCUCCAUGUGCCCAGGCUACUGCUCCCGUUCUAAAUUUGACCCCUUAAUGCCUGUCAGUCGUGAGGCAUCCUGGGGGGGCGGGGGCGAGGGGGAAGGACCUGUCCGCCUCGCUUCCACUGAAUUCCAUCCAGAGGUUCUGAUCUUCCUCCAAGACCACCUAAUGUACACGUGCUAUAGGUCCACUUAAAAGGUGCUUUAAUCAAGUGCCUUAGUUUAUUAUAGGACAUAAUCUUAGACUUCCGAGGUCCCUUCAGUUAACAGGUGAUGGUUCUAUGGUCUGCAUGCAACCUGUCCUGACUGUGCGAGCCCAGGUUUUUAGGGUUUAAAUCCCACCUUGCCUAGUAGUAUCAGCAGACUAGGGAAAAAUUGCGUUGGUUUUCUAGUGAGUUCCCGCUUGCUUUCUUGUUCUUAGGUUCUUUAAGCAUGCCACAGACUGCCACCUUACCCCUGUAUCCUUGGUGUGAUCCCAGUGUGUUUGGUUUUGUGGAGAGUCUUAGAG